GGGAAGCGUCCAUUACGAAAAACUCGGCCGGGGUAAUGGUCCAAAGGAAAUCCUGCAUCAAGAGAAUCGGUGGGGCUGCCGAUGGAUGGAUGCAUUCAUCGCGUCAUCCAUAUCCCACAAGAAAAUCUUCUCUAAGACUUCGCACGGCAUCUUGCGUACCGGAUUCAUGAGAACUUUAGAUACAGCAAGCUGUUGCUCAUUGAUAGCGAUGCUCUCAGCUGUGAGUUGGUUCAGAAGAUGUCGGAUUCGCGAAAGCCGCCGGUUGAAGGAGCGAAGAUAUUCACUACCAUUGAAAAUGACUUCCUCGACUUCUGCAAACUCGUGGUCUAUUAGAGGAUUGUUGGAGUAAAGGAGCUCGUUAGUUCUGCCAGAUAGUAUGCCUUCAGGAAGGCUAGUACCAGUGAACGAACAGAAUCCACAAGUGGGCAGCGCUUUGGGAGAAAACCAAUAUCCAUG